AUGGCUGCUCCCUCGCCUCUCCCUGCCUCGAUGAAGGCCCUCGUCUGCGAGUCGGUCGGCAAGCCGCUGAAGCUCAAGAUGAUCCCCACCCCGACCGGGAUCCCCGGCAGCGUCGUCAUCAAGGUCCUGGCUAGCCUGGCUGACUUCCGAAUCCCCAUCAACCUCGGCGGCGCCAUCGGCUUCACCUUCCCCUCGGACCUUUGCCCCAGCGGCCGCGCCAUUGGCCGUAUCGUGGCCACCGACACCGACACCACCAGCCUCAACCACGGCCAGCUCGUCCUGAUCGAGCCUUUUGUGCGCGCCCGCGACAACCCCGACGUGCAGAUAGUGUGGGGCAUGUUCGAUGGCCCCGUCCCCUCGGCCAAGAAGUUCGCCGCCGACAACUGGUCCAAGGGUACGCUGGCCGAGUACGCGCGCGUGCCUCUGGAGAACUGCCACGCCCUCAACGAGGCGCGCCUGUGCGGCAGCCCGGCCGACGGCGGCCUGGGCUACCCUAUAGGCAGCCUCCUGCACCUGACCAACGCUGUCGUGCCGUACGGCGGCCUCCGCUCCAUCGGCCUCCAGGCCGGCGAGCGCAUCGUGGUGGCGCCCGCCACAGGCGCCUUCAGCGGCUGUGCCGUCCAGGCGGCCGUGGCCAUGGGUGCCAGCGUCGUGGCCAUGGGCCGCGACCUCGCCAAGCUGCAAACUCUGCAGCGGCUGUUCCCCGCCGGCCGCGUGCAGGUGGUCCAGACGACGGGCGACGUCGAGGCCGAUGCCGCGGCGCUGCAGAGGUGGGGCCCCGUCGACGCCUUCAUGGACGUGUCGCCGCACGCCGCCGGCCAGUCGACGCACAUCCGCAGCGCCGUGCUCUCCGUGAGGCAGUACGGCCGCGUGUGCUUCGAGGGCAUCGUGCCCACGGACCUGCCCGUGCCCUUCUCCGUCGCCGUGAUGCGCAAUCUGACCAUCCGGGGCCAGUACAUGUACGAGCGGGACGACGUUCGCGACUUUCUCAAGCUCGCCGAGACGGGCGUUUUCAAGAUCGGCAGCGACGACGGCGUCGAGGUCGUCGGCGAGUUCAAGCUCGAGCAGGCCCAGGAGGCGUUCGACUUGGCGGCAAAGAAUACAGGGUUCGGGAAGAUUGUGGUUCUUGCGCCUUGA